AUGAAGCUAGUACUUUUCCUCGGCAGCAUCGGGGCUGCAUUGGGGUGGUCGUACUUGAGGCACAUUCAGCUGCCCGUGGGCCCGUCGCGGCUCCUGUGGGGCGGCGUCGUGUUCGGGCACCGUGGCUGCCGUGGGGUGGCGGGGACGCCGGAGAACACGCUGGAGGCAUUCCGGUACGCGGCCGCAUCCGGGUGUGGCGGUAUCGAAUGUGAUGCUCGCCUCACCAAAGACAACGAAGUCGUCAUCUUUCACGACGCCUUCGUCAACGGCCACCUCCGCGACGUCCCUCCAACGCGCCGCAUCGAUGAGCUGACGCUGUUUGAGCUGCGCCAGUGCACCUUCACAGCCGACCCCACGGGAAAGGUUCGCGUUCCUACACUGGAAGAAGCUAUCUUGUUCUGCCGUGAUAACAACAUGCGCAUGCUGAUCGAGGUGAAAGACUUGAAGCGAACGUACCUGUGCACGGACAGGGUGCUCGACCUCUACCGCCGCUAUCCGGACUACAUGUACGAUCAGACCACACUUAUUUCCUUUCACAGCGGUGCCCUUUACCAUGCCAGGAAGGUGGACAAGCGAGUUGCAGUGUGCCAGCUGUACGCUGCGAACAUGAUACGCUCGUGGGCUGCGCUGAAAGUCGACACGCUGCCGUGGAUACUGCGCUUCUGUCCGGCGUUGUGGGAUUGCGUACUGCUCUUUGUGCAUGAGAGGGUGAUACCGUGGCUGACGGGGUCCUCCAUGGUGGGGCCGUGCCAUGAUCUGUUCACCGAGGCGAGCCGCAGGCGGUGGGUCACGCGGAACAUCUGCAUGUACCUGUGGGGGUUCGAGCGUGCUGAGCAGUACACGCCAGCGAUGCGGCAGCCGGGUGUGUGCAUCUCGAGUGACGCAUAUAAAGACUUUGGAACACUGAAGCCACCGCCAAACUACGACAUAUUUGGUGAUCGGCAGCGGGAGUUGGAGAAACAGCAGGAUGCGGCACGUAAGCGGCUGCGCAUUGGCAAGUAG